GAAGCAAAAGGAGGAAAAAUGUUUUUAUUUUUUGCCCCGUUCUCUUUCUUGAGUCUUUUUCUUUCUAUCUGAAUCUGCCCCGAUUCGGCGGAUAGGUUUUCAUUUCAUCUUACUCUCUCCUCCUCUUCUGUGUCUCCACAUCCAAUCCAAGCAACUAAGAAGGCAGCACCACCGAGGGUUUUUUCCUUCUCUGUUCUCUCUCUUCUCUCUCUCAGCCUUCGCAUCUCACAUCGGUUUUUUCUGAAUGUGACUCAGAUUCAUUCACUUCUCCUCACUCAAUUUUAGGGCUUUUCUUCUCUCUCCUCCCCCAAAACCCUCACUGUCACCAUUCGAUUCGCUCUUCAAUUCCUCGAUCUCACCAUGGAGGCUCGAGAUUCGUCCACUUCGCCGUCCUCCACCGCCGCCAACCGUGACGCCUCCUCCGUCACAGAUGCCGACGAUGCCGUCUUCACUGUCGCCGUCGCCCUCGCCAAGGAUGCUGCCUUGCAUUUUCAGUCUGGCAAGUUCGCUGAGUGCGUCGACGUCUUGAACCAGCUCUUGCAGAAGAAGCAAGACGAUCCCAAGUUUUCUAGAAAGCAUGAAUUUAAUGGUGCUGUCCGCAUAGUGCAUAUCAAGCCUCCCAUACAAGUUUACAAAUUAAAGUGCUUGAUUUUAUGGUACUUCAUAAUAUUGCAAUCACGGAAUUCUUCCGUGAUGGAUGUUCAGACCCCAAAAAGUUGCUUGAAGUACUUAAUGGCAUCAAGGUAUGCUAAUCUAAAAUUCAUCUCUCUAUCUCUCUCUUAAAUUUCUGCAAAAUGGAAGUUUUGCAUCUUUUAUUAUUAAUUUUUUUUUGUGCUUUAUAUUCGAGGGAAACCAUUUCUUGCCUUCAUUAUUAGAAAAUUGGAAAUUGAAUGCCAUUGACACUGAUAGAGAACCAAUGGCAGGAUUAAAAUGCAGAUAGACUUGGUUUCCUUCUCAUUUAGACAUGCUGUUUAUGAUAAAUUGAGUUGCAGCUUGAAGCUUUGGUAUGUACUUAU